UACUUAUGGUUGGAAAUAGUACUUCCUGCCAACUUCACUUCCGGAUGGCCAGAGGACGCGAGGAGGUGGAAGCGAGACUCGCCGGCGGCGACAGCCGCGGACGAGAAGAAAACGGGGCAUCGGAUCAUUCGUUUGAGAUGGAGCAACGCCUCCCCUCCGCCCUCAUAGCAACGAUUCUCUCGAAGCUCGAUCCCCGCUCCCUCUGCGCAGCCUCGGCAUCAUGUAGAUAUCUCCGUUCCUGUACAAUCCACACUCGCUCCUUCAUGCCAUCCUUUCAUCUUCUCGAGAUAGCGCCUGAGCUGGAUCUGCUGAGGCCUUUGCUGCCUCCAAACCCGUAUCUGCGGAGCCUGAAGCUGGACUGCAGCAGGCUUGACUACUCAGCGAUCGGGUAUUUGGCGCGAUCUUCGCUUCAGGAGCUUUGCCUCCAUAAUUGCGAUAACUUCAGUGGGAAGCUUCUCUUUGAGCUGGGGCGCAAGUGUCCGGAUCUCAGAUCUAUCUAUAUCAGCUCCCUUGCUGAGCGCUGGAGGCUCCCAGUACUUCGUUCUGAAUUAAAAGAAUUGCUGACUGGUUGCUUACAUUUGGAGUCUUUGAGCUUGUUGUUUGACGUCACGGAAUUCGACCACCCUGAAUUCCCUCAACUAUGGGCAACUGUUUCCGAUAAGCUCACCUUCCUCGAGAUUGGUUAUAUUCCUAUAUCAAUGCUGACUGCUCUGCUUGCCUUGGCUGUUGAAACUCCGCAACCUUCUGGUGCUUUGAGGCCAUCAGUCUUCCCAAACCUGAACAAACUGUGCCUCUCAGUUGAUUAUAUUACUGAUGUCUUAAUGAGCUCUCUUUCAAUUGGACUUCCAUCCUUAACACAUCUAGAUCUUCAAGAUGCACCAAUAGUAGAACCAGUACAAUCCUACGACCUCACCAAUUUGGGCCUUCAACAUAUUAAUCAGCACGGCAUAAUGAAGCAUAUUUCACUCAUCCGAAGCCAAGAAUUUUUGCUCACCUACUUUCGCCGGGUGAAUGAUUUAGGUAUCCUCUUGAUGUCGGAUACUUGCUCCUCGUUAGAAAGCAUCAGUCUUGGUGGAUUUUGCCGUGUUACUGACACCGGUUUUAGGGCUAUCAUACACGCGUGCUCUAACCUCCGCAAACUUAGGGUUUCUCAUGGAAGCCACCGCGAAUUGACGGACCUUGUCUUCCACGACAUAUCUGCCACUUCCUUAACCCUAACACAUGUUAGCUUGAGGAGCUGUAUGCUCUUAUCCAAUGUUGGAAUCAAGAAUCUGUCAUUUAACACGGAUCUGAGUGUCCUAGACCUGCGAGAUUGUUGUAAUAUUGACGACCAAGCUCUUGUUUCUUUAAUUCAUCUUCACAAAUUGCACACAUUGCUUCUGGAUGGCGCCGAUAUUACCGAUGUUGGUCUCUCAUUUUUGGGCCAAGGAAGGUUUCCAUUAGCAUCGUUGUCGCUCCGAGGUUGCAAGAAGCUGACUAAGCUGACGGAUGCUUGUAUUCCGGCACUAUUCUGCGGUUCCGUUGGACGUGGGAUUCAAAUGUGUGAUCUUUCAAGGAUCCCUAAUCUCUCUGACAACGGAAUAUUAUCAUUGGCGAAAACACGAAUACCGAUUGCCGAACUUCGAAUCCGUGAGUGUCCGCUUAUUGGAGACACUUCGGUCAUGGCCUUGGCAUCGAUGCAAGUCGAGGGUGGGUCGUUUGGGAGCAGCAUGCAUUUGCUGGAUAUAUACGAGUGUGGUGGCAUCACUCCUCUGGCAAUCAGAUGGUUUAAGAAACCUUACUUCCCGAGGCUGAGAUGGUUAGGGAUAAAUGGUUGCCUGAACAGGGAUAUGGUUGAUUCUCUAAGCAAAAGCAGGCCUUACUUGAAAAUUGUGUGCCGAGGCGAGGAACUCGGAAACGGAUUCUGGGAUUCUUCUUUUGGCUGGUAUCGUCACGAAGAAGACGAGCUUGAUGAGCUUGAACAAUGGCUUCUGGAGGGUGAGGUUGAUGGUCAUGAUGAGGUUGAUAUGAUGGUGGAAUGGGAGUGAAAUUUAGAUGUUGUAUAUAGUCGGAUGUAAAUUCAUGUACUUAGAAGUAAAUAUACAUGAUUGUUGUGCACCUAAAAUAAUAGUUUCGAGCUUGUAAUAUGUUUUUUGUUGUUGAUUGAUGAGUUCAGGGGUUCUUUGUAUGGUUUACCAUUAUGUUUUAUCUAUAAGAGUGUUAUGUUCUAUGA